CGUUUCUCAACGCUUUAUUUCUGUUACUACAACACUAACACCAACAAAGGACAGCAACAUUCUCGUCCAUUCUUUAAUUGUAUCCGUUUUCAAAUAAGGAGACAUCUGUGCCUGUCAUUGUUGUGAGAUGUCGUUAGUGAGGAUGAAUCGUCCUUUAUAUGGUCCGGGUAAAAGACCUGUGCGAACUAAGAAGGCGUCUGCACCCAAGAAUGAAUGGGUGAGCACAGUGAAUGACCUUUCAGUGCAUAAAGCCACACCAGAGGAACUGACCAAGCGUCAUGAAAUGCACCGGUCUCAGAACAAAGUCUUGGCACAGUGGGAAUUAAGAGAAAAGGCUUUAACACGCAGACGGAGAAAGAAUCAGCCCCCUAGCCCUCCAGGACUUGACCAAGCCAGACUCAAAAUCAUCAGAGAGGUGUUUUCAGAUCAUUGCCAGUUGCAGGAUGCAAUUGCACGGUCAGACAGAGCCUUGGCUGUGGUGAAAGACCUGUUUGGUGAUGCACCCCGCCGACGCACAGGGUUUCCCACCAUUACAAUGGCACCUGAUUGCAACUCUGAUGCUGAACUUCCUGUUCUUCAAAGACCUGAUCCUCCAACGCAGCUCUCAUUGCUCUCCCAGACGAUGAUGGAUCCACAGGCCUUGAAUGAAUUGGAAGAGUGUGAAGAGGAACAUGAUGAAGAUGUUCAGGAUACCUCAGUGCACCUCAGAUCCACCACUGUGACACAUCGGAAGAUAAAUAAAUGCAGGUCAAAAUCUCCAUGGGGCUCAGACAAUCUGCAACAAGAACUACCAGAGACACCCCAUAAUACUGGGGUCCCAGAAGAUCAGGCAGCCCUCAAUGCCACAAUGGCUGUACAACAACUGUCCAGACAGACUCCGCGUGACACAAUCCAGUCUACAUCGCUAGUCAAUCAGGUUCUCAACCCUGGGCCUGCUUUAUCUCAACCAGGUGGGGUUCUGCUGUCAAUUAAAGCUGGUACUAAGAGCAGGUCAGCUCAAGUCAGUAAAGGGUGCACCGCAAAUAACUUUGGUCUGAAUGGUUCAGGGUUGAGUUCUCUGGCUGGGAACCAGUCCAGUAUGGAGCUUCUGCAGAGCAUGCUGGAAGAGGUGGAGGCAGAGCUGGACUCUUUGGAGCCUCAAAAGCUUCUGAGCUCUGAUGGUCGAUCUCCGCAACAGAGACCGGGCCUCACAGGCUUCUCCAUGGCUCUAGUGGCCACGCUUGGACGUCUUGCCAGUCAUAUCAGAAAAAAAGAAGAGGAGACUCAGAGGGAGGUUCAAGAGAGAAGGAAGCUAGAGGAGGAGAUGAAAGAGCAGAAGGCUUUAAUUGAUGCCCUGACUGCAGAGUCACUCACAAUGAGAGAGGAGAGGGCUGCCUUGCAGGCAAGGCUGCAGCAGCAGAUCGUUGAACUGGAGCAGCGUCUGGAUACUGUAGUACUCGUUCUGGGUGGACCGGAUUCUGCAGACUCAAAGACAGCAGUUCAAAUUUCAGACAGCACAGUCCAAAAAGGCAGCUAUCGUGAAUCUGGUGGUACUGAAAAAGAUCUACAGCAACAUAACUUUGUUUCUCCAGCUGUGCUGCUCUCUCCUCCUCGCCAAAGAGAUGGCCUACCACCUAAAGCAACAGGAAGUCAGAGUUCACUGGAAGACUUUGACAUCCCCUGCUCUCCUUCCUCCUUCAUCAGCCUACCAUGCCCCACUCAUCUGCUGGACGAUUUUUCCCAGGAUGCCAUGCAAGGGGAGAUUGCAGAAUUGGCACAUCAGAAUGCAGCGAUACGGGCCCAGUUGGGGCAGCAACGUCCCUCUCCAGCAGGAGCUUCAGUGUCGAGGGAGCAGAGUGCAGACCGACUGUCCACAACCAGUUCUAUAUUUAGACAAGCAUCGCCCUCUACAGGGCCACAGCACACACAGCAGUCUGUUUGUGUAGCAAGAUCUACUACAGAAAUAGAACAAAAACUGCAUGAGUUGAACCGACAAAGUGCUGAAGCUAGAGCUAAACUACUAGAGCUUAUUGAACAACAGAAACAGAACACCUCAUUCAGAGUUUCCCCUGCUAUUUCUCCAGUACCUCCUCAUUCCAUCAGCACUCGUACAGCUGUUAGAGGGUUAACUCCAGAGCAGUUUUUGACACUUCCUGAGAGAAACCAUUCACCACAACCUUCUGCAAGUAGCAAAAGGUCAGCUGGAAGAGUUUUAUCUCAAAAUCUAGACAGUGUUGAAAUCCAGAGCAUUCAGAAUCAAGCAUACAACCUGAAAAGAGAGGGCUGGUUUGCAAUGUCUGCUCAUGUCAAAUAAAUUGAGCUCAACAAAGGGAUAUCUUCUAUGCAUGGCAUUACAUUUACAUACACGAUAGCUUUUCAAAUACAUCUCCAGCUAAGUCUUCACAGCAUGCAGCUUAUGUCUCUCUGAUGUCCAGACUAUGAGAAUUGCUGCAAACCUUAGUAAAGCCCAUGUUGAGAAAGUGACAGUCACUGGGGCUGUUGACUCACAGGAACUAAAUUUGCAAACUUGCAAACACAAGAAACCACUAAGAAUCAGUUGUUGGCAUGGCCAGAUAUUUAAUAAUAAUAUUACGUGUCUCUUCAGUCUUGUUUUUUAAAUGUUUUCUUAUUACAAUAUUGUACAUGGAAUUCAUAUGAAGAACAUAUUUUAAAUAUUAGUGUGCAUGUAUGUUGAAUUAGUGUACACGGACUGUUUAAAUGUAAUUUUUUUUUUAUUACUUUAAAAAGUCAAGAAAA